AUAAAACGUCAAAACUCGAACGAAAAAAUCCGUGCGUCGUUCCGCGAAUCGCAGUCAUCUCCCUUUGCAGUGUGCAAAAGUGUAGUGCUCUUGAACCCCGAAAAAAAGGAAGGCUUUUCCGCAAGGCCCCACCAGAAGGAGCAGCAAUCCCGGAACCAGCAAGGAUGAUCGGAAACCUGGCCAAGCUGUCGUACGUGCGCGGGGUGUCGCAGGCCGUCGCGAGUGGCUGCAAGGCCGCUGCCGUGCCCGUCAAACUCGAGACGAAACCAGCCGUCGCAGGUCAGACUCCUAUUGUUGCCAGCUCGCCAAACUGCGCACUGCCCCGGUCCGUGGUCCGGGUGGUGUCCGGAGUUGCAGCUACCGGCCAAAUCCGUCUGGCGCACACCGACAUCCAGACUCCAGAUUUCUCAGCCUAUCGUCGCGAUCAGGUCAAGAGACCCAACGCCAAGAAUGACUCGGCUGAUGAACGCGCUGCUUUCACCUACCUGAUGGUUGGAGGUGCCGCCGUCACAACCGCCUACGUAGCCAAGUCACUGGUGUCCACCUUCGUGUCGUCGAUGAGUGCCUCGGCCGAUGUGUUGGCCAUGGCCAAGAUCGAAAUCAAGCUGGCCGACAUCCCGGAGGGCAAGUCCGUUACCUUCAAAUGGCGUGGCAAGCCGCUGUUCAUCCGUCACCGUACGGCGGCCGAAAUCUCUGCCGAAGAGGCCGUCAACACCGGAACCCUGCGUGAUCCCCAGCACGAUUCGGAACGUGUCAAGAACCCCGAAUGGCUCGUCGUGAUCGGUGUCUGCACUCACUUGGGUUGUGUCCCGAUUGCCAACGCCGGUGACUUCGGUGGAUACUACUGUCCGUGCCACGGUUCCCACUACGACGCGUCCGGUCGCAUCCGGAAGGGACCUGCCCCGCUCAAUCUGGAGGUACCGCACUACGAAUUCCCCGAGGACGGUUUGGUCGUCGUCGGUUAAAGCGAGCACAGCUUGUGGGUGAUAUUCUGGCUAGUUUGUAACAGCAGCAAAAACUAAAGAAAUAUUAAUCAGAAGUUGCGCGAACGAAACAGCAGUUAGUAAACAAAUAUCUUUUUCUUAUUUAAAUGAAAAUCCGUGUGGAGAGGGAGAGGGAAUGCGAAUAAAUCGUUCAGUUGACGGAAACAAGUAUUG